GCCUCACACUUGCAUUAUUUUUAUUUUUUUAUUUUUUACUUACAAUUUGAAUGCGCUAAAUCCACACUUCCAGAUAAAAUUCACUCCGCCACGAUAGAGUUAAAUUACAUUUAGAAUUAUGCGGCAAGUGGAGACAAAGUCGACGGCCAGGUUUGACGAAUUUACGACGGUCGACUGGAUGGACGACAGCGCCAAGGAGCGGCGGCGGCAGCAGGCGCACUGGAGCCAGCUCCGAACACACGGGCUGCCAUCAGCAUCGCUGACCCAGUACCUUAUGAACUGGGCGUACCUGGCGUACGACUCGAUGGUGUCGUGGAUAGUCGUGCUCCUUGUCGGAGUGCUCAUCGGCAUCAACACGGCGUUUAUCUCGAUAGUCACCGAGUGGCUGAGCGAUGCCAAGCUCGGGGUAUGCUCGAAGGGAUGGUGGCUCAACCAGAAGUUCUGCUGCUGGGAGUACUCGCCGUCGAGCGCUUCGCAGCCGGAGGUGUGCCCAGAGUGGCUGGCGUGGGACCAGGCGCUCAUUGGCACCAGCGCAGGGGUGGUCCGGUGGCUGGCAUUUGUGGCCAUUGGCACACUGCUAGCCACGGUGUGCGCGUUCCUGGUGCGCAGCUACGCGCCGCUGGCGGCCGGCUCGGGACUGCCAGAGAUCAAGGCCAUCCUGGGCGGCUUUGUCAUCCGUGGGUUUAUGGGCGGGUGGACGCUUCUGAUGAAGAGUAUCGGGCUAGCGCUGGCCGUGGCUUCAGGGCUCAGCGUCGGCAAGGAGGGCCCCGCUGUGCACAUGGGCUGCUGCAUGGGUAAUGUCGUGUCGCGUAACUUUCCAAAGUUCCGGCGCAGUGCAGCUCGCCAGCGCGAGAUCGUCUCGGCGUCGGCGGCGGCCGGCGUGGCAGUCGCCUUUGGCGCGCCGAUCGGCGGCGUGCUAUUCUCUCUCGAGGACCUUAGCUCGCACUUCCCACGCAAGACGCUGUGGCGUAGCUUCUUCUGCGCACUGAUCGCAACGGUAAGCCUGCAGGCAAUGGACCCUUUUUGGACCGGCAAGCUUGUGAUGUUCCAGGUGACGUACGACCGCGACUGGCAUUUUUUCGAGACCGUGUUUUUUGUGCUGAUCGGCGCCUUUGGCGGCGUAUACGGUGGGCUGUGCAUUCGGCUCAAUCUGAAGGUUGCUGCAUUCCGCAAGCGGUACCUGGGCUCGUGGGUUGUGCAGGAGGUGGCUGCGCUGGCGCUGCUGACGACAGCUGUGACUUAUGCCAACCGCUUUACGCGCGAGGAUAUGGGUGAGCUGCUGGCGAUGCUGCUGCAAGAGUGCAAGGACACGCGCGGCAUGCUGUGCGCGCCAGAAAGCUCACGGCAGGUCAUCUGGGCGCUGCUGUGGGCGACGAUCAUCCGCGUGGCCGGCACGAUUCUGGCGUACGGCUGCCGCGUGCCGUGCGGGAUUUUUGUGCCCAGCAUGGCGAUCGGCGCGUCGUUCGGCCGCAUGCUCGGCGCCAUCAUUCAGUCGCUGCACCGGGCGCACCCCAAGUGGGCACUGUUUGCGCAGUGCGCGCCUGACACACCGUGCAUUACGCCGGCCACGUAUGCGUUCUUGGGCGCGGCGGCCGCAAUGUGUGGCGUCACCAAGGUUACUGUGGCUGUGGUUGUCAUCAUGUACGAGCUGACGGGCGCGCUGAACUUCAUUGUGCCGACGAUGAUCGUCGUUAUGGUUGCGCGCAUCAUCGGGGAUGCCAUCGUGGAGGGCGGCAUCUCGGAGCAGCUCAUCCUGCUCAAUGGACUGCCGUUCCUGGACGAGGGUGAGCUGGACGAGAUGGAGUCGCUCGCGGGCUCGGCAUCCCACCUUGCUGUCGCUGCGGUGAUGCGCCCGGCGGAUGACCUCCAAGUGCUAGCGGCUGGCGGCCUGCCGUACGCGGAGAUGCAGAGCCUCGUUGAGUCCGCAGCGCGAGACAGCGUCAGGGGCUUCCCCGUGGUCGACAACCAGCACGACAUGAGACUGGUCGGCUACGUGCUCCGCGACGCCAUUGUCCGCACUCUGGCAGUGCCCCAGGCGCACAGCACUGGCCAGUCUGCUGCUGCUACUACUUUUGUUGGUGGCGAGAUGUAUGGGCCACGCCAGCAGGUUGUAUUCAGCAGCGGACAUUCGGACAGCUCGCUGGGCUCGCUGCACGGGCUGGAGAGCGUCGACCAUUAUGUCGGACAGUCAAGGUCCACUGGCCCUCCAGUCAACUUGGCCGAGCUCGUCAACUCGAGCCCAGUGACUGUGAGGCCGCAGAUGUCGGUAGAAACGGUGGUAGAGAUAUUCUGCAAGCUUGGGCCGCGCGUCAUUUUGGUUACCAGCGAGGACGGCGGACACUUGGUAGGGCUGCUGACGCGCAAAGACGUGCUGCGGCAUAUUCGUGGCCAAAGCCACGUCCAGUGAAUCGAUGGUACCUUAUGUUUGAUAGAACGGCAAAACAUUCAAUGUCGGGUUUAAUCACAAUAUUAAGGUCGAGCCAGGGCGUGUCUGAUGCGUGUUUAUUAUAUAUCCAGUUCAAUACAAUUACUUAUAUAAUAUAUUAAAUCAAUUA